ACGGCGGGCUCCGACCUCGCUCCGUCACGCUGCGCGCGGCUCUCGCGAGACGGCGGCGCUGGGCGGGCGCGCGUGCCGGGACCCGCCGCCACCGGAGCAGCCGCCGCGGCCCCAGGGCCUGUCCCGGGCCCGUCCCGGUAACGCCGCGGCCCCCGCCGCCACCCCCUCGGCCUCGGGGCCUCAGGCAGCCGGUGCCCGCCCGGCGCCCCCGCCCGCUGCCGCCUUCCCCCCGCAGGUGUGGGACAUGGCCACAGAGGUAGCUGAGCCUGUGGUCCCUGACUGCAGAGGAGACGUGAGGAGCAGUGCCAGGUCAGAUGCUGACUAUCCUCUCCGGGUUCUCUACUGUGGAGUCUGCUCCUUGCCAACAGAGUACUGUGAGUACAUGCCUGAUGUCACUAAAUGCAGACAAUGGUUAGAAAAGAAUUUUCCAGAUGAGUUUGCAAAACUUACAGUAGAAAACUCACCUAAGCAGGAAGCUGGGGUUGGAGAAGGCCAAGGAACUGCAGGAGGAGAAGAAGAAGAGAAGAAGAAGCAAAAGAGAGGUGGAAGAGGUCAGAUAAAACAGAAAAAGAAGACUGUACCACAGAAAGUCACAAUAGCUAAAAUUCCUAGAGCAAAGAAAAAAUACGUCACAAGAGUGUGUGGCCUUGCAACGUUUGAAAUUGAUCUGAAAGAAGCACAAAGGUUUUUUGCUCAGAAAUUUUCCUGUGGUGCCUCAGUAACAGGAGAAGAUGAAAUCAUCAUUCAGGGGGAUUUCACAGAUGACAUUAUUGAUGUCAUCCAGGAGAAGUGGCCUGAGGUGGAUGAUGAUAGCAUUGAAGAUCUUGGAGAAGUCAAGAAGUGACAGCGGAAGUCUUACCUUUAUUUAAUUACAUGGUUAUAAGUGAUGUAGCCAAAGUGAGGCAUCUAAAUCCAUUUGCUCUGCAGGGAAACCAUGGAGCACCCAGAUCCUUGUCAUCUCCCCUGUUCUGUAUAGGCUGCUUGGGUUUUUUGUUGUGAUAUUUGCCAAAGUUAAACUGGGAUUCUAUCAUGCUUAUGCAUGAAGUAGGUUAAAUAAAAUUACUGUUCCUCACUGAA